UCUCCAACGGGAAGAGAUCUGAACGUGGUAACGAGAAAAGUUUGUCAUUGAAAAUGUUCUGCUUUAGUUUUUGGUGGCUGCUAGCCUUCAGUGGAAGCACUUUUGCCUACAUAGAGAUACCGGGGGCUUAUUUAGAUGCUAUAAAGCAGGAUCGGAAAGAUGAUCAGUCGGCAGGCGAGUAUAACUACGACGAGCAGGGCGAUGAUUGGACUGGAACCUGCCAAACUGGAGUAAACCAGACACCCAUUGAUUUGAUUUUCGACGAUUCGAAAAUAGUGAGCAUUCCCCGUCUCCGUUUCUACAACUAUGACCAAGCAUUGCAAACUCCUUUGGUCAUAACCAAUAAUGGACACACAGCAAACAUGGUGAUACCUCUUACAAAAGAUGGACAGCGCGCGUCAAUAAAUGGCAGCCUUUUGCCCGGCGAUUUCGAGGCUCAGAGCGUGCACUUCCAUUGGGGAUCGCCAAAUAGCGCAGGAUCGGAACAUGCCAUUAACUUUGAACGCUACGAUGUGGAAAUGCAUAUUGUUCAUAAAAAUAAGAUUUAUGACACAAUGGGCGAGGCAACUUUGCAUCCCGAUGGUUUGGCCGUUUUGGGCGUAAUGUUUAGGGCAGUGGGACGUCAAAACUCUCAGCACUACGGACUCAACAAGAUCUUCAAUCAGUUGCCGAGAAUCGAGCAAUAUAAGUCGAAUGCAACAAUAACCGGAAGACUGACUGUGGGGCAGUUGCUGGGAAAUAUCGUGACAGGAGAGUUUUUUACAUAUAACGGAUCUCUUACUACACCGGAUUGUGCCGAAGCUGUUACAUGGACUGUUUUUCCCGACGUUCUUAACUAUCCUCGGCGUCAGAUUGCAAAGCUCUGGAACCUCAAGGACCCUCGAAAAAAUCCACUUAUCAACAACUAUCGCAGCCUUCAGGAUACUAAUGCUAGAGAGGUUUACUAUCGAGCAAUUUAAUACAAAAUACAAUAAAUAAACUUAAAGUUCGCAUUCCUAA